AUGCCGAAGAGAACUGAAAGCGAGAUCGCCGACUUUCUCCAGCAGCUGGCCCCAAAUUUGGAGGAUACUGUGCGAAGCUUCCUGGUUUCAACGCUGGCCGACGCAGUCUCUGAGGACGAGGUGAAGGAGUGUUGCGAGGCGUGGCUUGAAGAGGUUGAUGGUGGCGUCAGCAGCCUUUGCGACUUCCUAGGAUUGUCUGACACAGUUGACGAGCCUGCGCCGUUGCAGGAGAUUGCUCCUGCAGCAACAAGGCUGGCGAGUUUGGCUGGCUACCCGAAGCCCUCGGAAGAAGAUGAAGCGUCCAAGGCAGCACACGAUUGCAAUGAAGAGCACAAAGAGGCCGACGACCUCCCCGACCCUGCAGCCGACAAAGGUAGCAAGCUGAAGGCUAAGGCCAAGGCCAAGAAGAAGGUUAAGGAGAAGGACGGCGAGAAGGAGAAGCCUCUUGAGGAACUCCUGGAAGUGCGAGCACGCGUCUCACGCUUUCACAAAGAGGCGGUGGAGGAUGAAAUGACAUCAGCAGUGGCCGAAGUUGAUAUCCACGACCUUUGUAUUUCGGUGGCUGGGCGGGACCUGCUGAAGGACGCUCAUCUGAAGCUCUGCCCUGGUCAGCGUUAUGGCUUCGUGGGUCGCAAUGGGUCGGGCAAGUCUAGCUUGUUUCGGGCCAUGGUGUCCAGGCGGAUCCCCGGAUACCCUCCGAACUGCAUAACACUCCUGGUCGACCAGGAGGACGUCGGAGACGAUCGCUUGGCCGUGGAGACUGUUAUGGCUGCUCACCAAGAAUUAUGUGACGCAUUGGAGGAGGAGUCUGCUCUCCAAGCUGGUGAACUGGGCAGCUACGAAGCAGCUGUGAAAGCCCUGCGCGCAUACACCUACUUGAUGGCUAAGAGAGCCAGGUUCAAGGCUGCCAUGUACGAGAGCAAGCUUAGUGGCGCACGUGGGAAGGCCGCGCGGGAAGCUUUGCUCAAGGCGGAACACGAAGAAGCAAAAUGCGCCCAGGUGAUGGAGACUGACGUCUCGAGCUCGGAGGCAACGGCAGAAGCACAGGCACAGGUCGUGGAGCUGUUGGCAGACAUCCGGGAUCGGCUUCGCAUCCUCGGUGCGGAUGCCAUGCGAGGUCAGGCCGAAGUAAUUUUGAAAGGCUUGGGAUUCAAGGAAGCAGACCUUCAGAAGCCAACACGCUUGCUAAGUGGAGGCUGGCGAAUGAGAGUUGCCCUUGCCAAAGCCCUCCUGGCAAAGCCCAAUGUCCUAUUGCUAGACGAGCCCACCAAUCACUUGGAUUGGCAGGCAAUUCUUUGGCUGGAAAGGUAUUUGGUGUCUGAGGAGAUGAGCGAAAUCGCUUUGGUUGUUGUCUCUCACGACCGAGACUUUCUGGACAAGGUGAGCACAAUGAUUCUUCGCCUGUUUGAGAUGAAGCUUCAAGUGUACAACGGCAACUUUUCAACGUUUGAAGAAUCACAUGAGCGGGACCAACAGCAUCGCGCCGAGCUGGCUCAGAGGCAACAGGAUAAGCAAGACAAAGUGGAGAAACAGAUCAAGGAGAUGGAACAGCGUGGCAGGAAGACAAACAACGACAGUUUGCUGAAAGCUGCUGUGAGCCGUCGCACCAAGCUUGGCCUGGAUGACAAACCCUGGUCUUUCAACCGUGUGGGCUUGGAACGCGCUGGUGGACACAAGUUCAAGUUCUCCUACGCGACACACUUCGAGGCGAUGGCAGAGAUGGCCGUAGAGACGAAGGAGCAGGCCGUGCGCCUCAAACUGAAGGCUGCCGCCCCCUUGGGCUUCGAGGCUGCCCUUUUGCAAUGUCGCGACGUCGUAAUCGGCUAUGAGAAGGGAGCCCCCCUUGUGAAAAAGUUCGAUCUGGACGUCCGAGCCAAGUCCCGCAUAGGAAUCCUGGGAGUCAAUGGGAGCGGCAAGACGACCUUGCUGCGGAGCUUGGUCCAAGAGCUGCCCUGCCUCGGGGGUGAGGUCUACCAGCAGCCACGUGUUGUCGUCGGCUUCUUCAGUCAGCAUCAGGCGGACAGUUUGCCCAGCGAUUCCACAGCGCUCGAGGCGCUGUGUGAGAGGCAUCCCCACCUCACAGAGGGCGAGGUCCGCGCACACUUGGGGAGCUUCGGCCUGGGCAGGUUGGCCGUGUCGCCAAUCAGGUGCCUUUCUGGUGGUGAGCGCAGCCGAGUGGCCUUGGCAGCUGCUACACUGAGACCACCCCACGUUCUGGUCUUGGAUGAGCCAACGAACCACUUAGAUUUGCAGACCGUAGAGGCCCUUGGCAAUGCCCUCAAGGAGUUCGAGGGCAGCGUGGUUGUGACCUCUCACGACCGGCGUCUCUUGCGCGAGGUCUGCAACGAUUUCCUGGCGGUCCAGAACAAGCAGCUUGUAAAGCUCAGCUUGGCCAAGCGAAUCAAGGCCUCACCCGCAGCGGCUCCUGAAGAUUGGGCGCGGCCAGCCCCGGCCACUCUGAGCGAACGAGAUCCCUUGGCCGUUUUCCUCCUCGACAUCGAGGAUGGUCCAUCCGCCAGCGGAGAGCAUGAGCUCCGGCUUUAUGGCAUCACGCUGCAGGGCCAUUCUGUCUGCGCAAAAAUACAUAAGUUCCAUCCCUAUUUCUAUGUGCGGUGUGGCCCUGAAGUGGAGGGCCAUGAGAACGAAAUCCAGGCUGCACUGCAAGCAGCUACGGGUGGGUUUGAAGCCGGGGCUUUCUUGGUGAACCAAGCUUCCAGGAGUACGUCUACACAACUUGAGCUGGACGUACACCUUGGACAUGGCACAAAGUUCCACGCACUGCCCCUAGACACAGAUGCGGGAUCUCUUGUUCCACCACUGCGUACUGUUGCUCUUGAGCUAUCAGUUGAUGCGGAGUCUCAAUCGGUAAUGGGCGCUGCCUGCGUGAUGAUCGUGGAGGGACAAGCGCAACCGGCAGCCAGAGCAGUGUGGCUUCGCUCGCAAGCCGCUUGUCCUUGGAUCCACAAGCAAUGGGAAGCGCCCGUUCUGUUCGUGGCAGACGAUGAAGAUGUUUUGCUACAGCAUUUUGGCGAGACAUUGGCCAUGAUGGAUGCCGAUAUCAUUCUGACAUAUGACUUGCCAGAGACAGUGCGCCGGAUGCUGGGCAAGAAAGGUGUUGCCAAAGCAGGAUCUCCGCUGGCUCGCAGCCUUUCCCGGCGCCUGGGAGUGGAAGUCAAGCUUACAGCAAAGAGCAACGAGGUGUCUGGCAUCACUGGACGAUUGGGCUUUGACUUACAGAAGCAGGUGGAGAAAGAUCAUCGGUUGGUGGAUUACUCCUUGGGUGCCCUAUCCCAGCAUUUUUGCCGAACACCUUUGUCUGAGCUCAGCGCAGCAACUCUUAAAAACAUCCUUGACGGACGCCCGCGCGCGUACGCACAGCACGUGCUCCGGCAAGCAGAAGCAUCUGCAGCCAUCUUUGAUCACCUCGCCUACCUCUACAACUUCAUCGAGAUGGCGCGGGUCACCGGUUGCCCCCUGUCAUACUUGCUCGAGCGUGGCCAAGCCAUCAAGGUCCAGACGCAGCUGCUUCGUGAAGCUCGAGUGAGAGGGUUUGUCCUCCCACAGCGACCAGGCACCGGCGAAGAAGCGACCUAUGAAGGUGCCACGGUCCUGGAGCCCAUCAACAACUUCUAUCGUUGCCCGGUUGCCGUCCUGGACUUCGCUUCUCUGUACCCGUCCAUCAUGAUGGCGCACAACCUUUGCUACUCCACCUUGCUCCCUCCAGGUCGCGAAAAGAAGCCGGACUGUCCAGACUUUACCGAGUCCCCCCCGGCUUUGAGCGACCAAGCAACAUGCUUCGUGAAGCCGCACGUCCGAAAGGGGCUCCUUCCUUCCAUCCUUGAGCGGUUGCUUGCAGCGAGAAAAGCGGCAAAGUCCCAGCUAGCCACCUGCUCGGGCGAGGCAGCAGCCACACGCCGCAAAGUACUCCACGGACGCCAGCUGGCCCUGAAACUAUCUGCCAACUCUGUCUACGGGUUCACGGGGGCAACCAACGGCCCACUGCCAUGCUUGGAAGUUGCAGGCGCCGUCACUGCCUUUGGAAGGGAGAUGAUCCAGGCAACCAAGGCAAAGGUGGAGUCCCACUUUUCAAUUACAAACGGCUAUGCCCACAAUGCGGAGGUUGUCUACGGAGAUACAGAUUCUGUGAUGGUCAAGUUUGGCCCUGAAGGCUUCCCUCUUGAAGAGGCAAGCAAACUCAGCAACGAGGCUUGCAAAGUGUGCUCCUCCAUCUUUCCAGCCCCUGUACGCCUUGAGUUUGAGAAAAUCUACCGGCCCUUCCUGCUAAUGGCCAAGAAGCGAUAUGCAGGCCUGGCCUUCACUUCUGUAGAUAAGGCACCUGAGCUGGAGACCAAAGGAAUCGAAACUGUUAGACGUGAUUGGUGCGAUUUGGUUCGCCACGGCCUGGAGGAGACACUGAAGCACUUGAUGACACCCGAUGGGUCUGACGGCUCUCAGAAAGCUAUUACAUACGUGCGCGAUGUGUGCAAUGAUCUGCGGCAGAGCAAGACAGAUUUCAAAUCCCUGGUAAUUUCAAAAUCGCUGGGAAGGAACGAGUAUGCAUCCAAAAUGCCUCAUGCAGAAGUUGCUGAAAAGCUGAAGAAGCGAGACCCGGCAACGGCUCCGCGCUUGGGAGAUCGUGUUUCCUACCUGGUUCUGGCAGGAACCGCCAAGGCCAAAGUCUAUGAAAAGGCGGAGGACCCUCUCUAUGCGCUAGAAAACGAUUUACCUAUCGAUGCUGAUUACUAUUUGGAGCACCAGUUGAAGCAACCGUUGCUUAGAGUCUUCGAGCUCGUUUGCGGCGAUGCGCAGAAAGCCGAAAGCUUGCUGUUUGGAAACCUUAACUCUCAGAAGGUGGUGGUGUCCUCAACCUCAAAGGCGGGCAUGGGAAAGUUUAUGAAACCAAAGCCCAAAUGCCUGGCGUGCUCUGCCGAUGUCAGCAACGGUGCAGCUGUUUGUACAAGAUGCGAUGACAAGCUGCCAGUGUUGCAAGAGCAGUCCUUGAGCAAAGUCCGUGCCUUGCGAGAACAGCUGGAUGCCUUGCGCUUGCACUGCCAGCAAGAGUGCAAAGUUCCUUCCGGCGCGUUUCCACAGCUACCACCCGACCAGCCUGCGCCUGAUGCAGAGAAGGGUAAGGGUGAGAUCCGGGAGACGUGCCUCAACGUGGGUUGUCCAGUGAUCUUCAACCGUGCCAGAGUGGCAAAGGAGCUGGGGUUUGCCAGGGAAGCUCUGCAGCGGCUGAAGCUCAAAGAGACUUAG